AUGCCGUCGACUUCGCCAUCAGACCAGACUUGCUCUGACCCAGCUGGGACCCCCCUGGAGGAGACCCUGUAUGCUGCUGUGAAGGAGGACAGACAGACAGAGGGGGCCAGACAAGAGGACGCAGCUGUGAGUCACUCCCAGAUCCCUCCUCCUUCCCCAGGGAACAGACAGGGAGAGGCUUCCCCAAGGUCACACCCAGCCAGGAGGUUCAGGGUCUUUCCCCUCUCAGCCCUCCUGCCCCAUGGGCCCCUCCAGUCCCUCACCUCCUGCUUCAUCUCCUCCUGUCAGGCUCCCAAAAGGGAAGACCCUCAGGAAGUGAUCUAUGCCCAGCUGAACCUCACCAGUCUCAGGGCUGGGGCUGAGGAACCUCCCUGCUCUGGCCCAGUGGAGCCCAGCCUCUAUGCUGCCCUGAGGUGAGCUCAGCCUGAGCCCAGGGGACCCCAGGAGGAAGAAGCCCC